AUGUCGGGCCGCGGCAAGGCGGGCGGCGGGAAGGCCCGGGCCAAGGCGAAGUCGCGAUCGUCGCGCGCCGGGCUGCAGUUCCCGGUGGGCCGCGUGCAUCGGCUGCUGCGACGCGGACACUACGCGGAGCGGGUCGGAGCCGGCGCUCCCGUUUACCUGGCGGCGGUGCUGGAGUACCUGACGGCCGAGAUCCUGGAGCUGGCGGGCAACGCGGCGCGCGACAACCGCAAGACGCGCAUCGUCCCGCGUCACGUCCAGCUGGCGGUGCGCAAUGACGAGGAACUCGGCCGCCUCCUGGGCCGCGUAACCAUCGCGCAGGGCGGCGUCCUGCCCAACAUCCCCGCCGCGCUCCUGCCCCGGAAGGCCGCGGCCCAGGGCGGCGGGGCGGCGGCACGCAAGAAAGGGACCCUCCAGGCCUCGCAAGAGUACUAGGCGCGGCGGCUGCGGAACAACCGGA